UUGUCAUUGGUGUGCUUUAUGUACCGACGGAGGUCAGCGUCCACUCCUGCUGCAGUCUAGUUACACUGUUGGUGCCCCACACCCCUGUGGUCCAUCCUAGUGGGGACAAGAAAGUUAAUGGCUGGAUAUAGUUAAUGAAACCAGCCAGGAAGAAGUAACAGCAGUGAGAACAACCAAAGAGUUCACAGCAGUAGAGAGCAACAUACCCACCAUGGCGUUCAGGAGUGGGCGUCUGGCGUCCCGGGGAAGAAAGGGCAGCCUCCACGCUGGACCGACGCCAGAAGAACGACUCCAGAGACUCAACGACGCCAUCAAUGCUAUCACUACCGACGAUGUCCGCACUGUAGUGUCGUGCAUUCCAGGCAACAUAGAGGUGGGUGCGGUUUACGACCUGGUGCUGGGUGCUGCCUCAAGUGGUAGUCCCAGGAGAGUGAGGGCCACACUGCUGCAUGUGGCCCUGUACCACAGUGCUGCACACUGUGCCAAGCUCCUCCUCCACUUGGGAGCUCCAACUGAAGCCCCUGAGAGUCAACUUGGUGACCGGGCACUUCACUCAGCAAUUAGGCUGGGCCACUAUGACUUGGUGAUGAUGUUGCUGGAAUAUGGGGCCUCACCGACCUCCGUUAACGCCUCCCUCGACACCCCUCUCCACCUGGCCGCCGAGAAGGGCCUAGUGCAUGUGGUCAGGACCUUGCUGGACGCUGGGGCUCACCCUGCUGUUAGGAACAGGUACCAGGAGACACCAUGGGACGUGGCCACGCUGGCUGGAUCACCCUCAUCCAACGUCUGUGCGGACCUCAUACUUACCAAACACCUGCAGAACAAAGACCAACACAAACUGCCCAUCCUCUAAAUGCCUGUUACAUAAGUUAAUGGAGAAGUGCUAAACCUGUAGGGGUCAUACAGCCCCGGGGAAUGGGAUCAGGGGACCUUUACCAGCAUCGAGAGAGAUUGGCGGUGAAGGUUGGGGGGAAUUUUAACGCUUAUUGUAGAGUGAUUAGAUUAGCUCCAGUUCCUUUACGUCUGGGUAUCCUUGAUUCUAUUGUUUUUAAUAUUUUGAACUGGUGAGUUUUUCUGCCUCGCGAAUAUGCAAGAUGACAGACGAAUCUUAAUUUUUUUACCUGUUCUUUACUGUAAGAUGCUCAGUAAGUGAAGACAGAAACACAAGAGGUUGAUUGAUCUGUAUAUUUCGAUCCCCUUCUGGGAUCCUCAGCAUAAUAAUAAUAAUAAUAAUAAUAAUAAUAAUAAUAAUAAUAAUAAUAAUGAUAUAGGAUUAGUUGAGAUUUUGGGCAUACUUUACAGAAAGCCCCUGGUUAUGGAGAGUGGAACAUAAUUUUUUAAAAGGGCUGACGGGUCAACCAGGGAAAGGCCUCGGUCAGCUGACCAAAAGCUCCAGUGGUGGGUCAUUAUAUGACCCACCACUUUCAAUUACUCAGAUAUGGUAAACACGAGGAAAUUAAAUCUUCAUCAGAGUACAAAACAAAUUCUGGCCACAAAAUAGAGCGAAACACCAACGUCAAAGACCUGGGAGUGAUCAUGUCGGAGGAUCUCACCUUCAAGGACCAUAACAUUGUAUCAAUCGCAUCUGCUAGAAAAAUGACAGGAUGGAUAAUGAGAACCUUCAAAACUAGGGAGGCCAAGCCCAUGAUGACACUCUUCAGGUCACUUGUUCUAUCUAGGCUGGAAUAUUGUUGCACACUAACAGCACCUUUCAAGGUAGGUGAAAUUGCUGACCUAGAAAAUGUACAGAGAACCUUCAUGGCACGCAUAACGGAGAAAAAACACCUCAAUUACUGGGAGAGCUUGAGGUUCCUAAACCUGUAUUCCCUGGAACGCAGG